CCCAGCUUUUAUUUACUCUGCGCCUUGUUGGUCAUUUUUCUGUUUUAUGAUUAACUCGCUCGCUCACGUGUGUGUGUGUUUCCCCACUAACGCGGAAAGUGAGCGCGACUUUUGUGUUUCCAAACAUCUUUUCUUCCCACGGAGGAAAUUAACGCGCAUUUUGAUCCUUUGCAUACCUGGAUUCGCAUCUCCAAAGACGGACAUUAGUCAAAAGAUUUUCCCCUCAGGGACAAGGUCUGGUAUGGCAGUUGCACACAGCACAGCCCGAGCAGUCUGAAGCCAAGGCAGAAGUGGUAUUAAGUCAUGAUGCAGGAGUCGGCCAGUGAGACAAUAAGCAACAGUUCAAUGAGUCAAAAUGGAAUGAGCACCCUAAGCAGCCAAUUAGAUGCUGGCAGUAGAGAUGGAAGAUCAAGCGGUGACACGAGCGACGUAAGCACAGUCGAGCUGCUGCAUCUGCAACAACAGCAGGCCCUACAAGCAGCAAGGCAAUUACUCCUCCAGCAACCAGGCAGUGGCCUGAAGUCUCCAAAGAGCAACGACAAACAGCGUCCACUGCAGGUGCCGGUGUCAGUGGCCAUGAUGAGUCCGCAGGUCAUCACCCCCCAGCAGAUGCAACAGAUCCUCCAGCAGCAGGUCCUCUCCCCCCAGCAGCUCCAGGCCCUUCUCCAGCAACAGCAGGCAGUCAUGCUACAGCAGCAACACCUGCAGGAGUUCUACAAGAAGCAGCAGGAGCAGCUCCAUCUCCAGCUCUUACAACAGCAGCAUCCGGGAAAGCAAGCGAAGGAGCAACAGCAGCAGCAGCAGCAGCAGUUAGCAGCGCAGCAGCUGGUCUUCCAGCAGCAGCUCCUGCAGAUGCAGCAGCUCCAGCAGCAGCAGCACCUGCUCAGCAUGCAGCGGCAGGGCCUGCUCUCCCUGCCCCCGGGCCCCGCGCAGACUCUGCCCCCAGCUGGCCUGAGCCCUGCUGAGCUCCAGCAGUUGUGGAAGGACGUGACCGGUGGCCACACCAUGGAGGAUAACGGCCUGAAGCACAGCGGCCUGGACCUCAGCACCAACAACUCCUCUUCCACUACCUCCUCCACCACUUCCAAAGCCUCUCCACCCAUCUCCCACCACCCCAUCUCCAACGGCCAGUCCCCGGCCCUCAACAACCGCCGAGAAAGCGCCGCGGAGGAACAGAGCUGGACUGCCCUGGUUUGGCCCCGCUGUCUCAGACUGCAACCUGACACGCGCAGACGGCCUGCGGUCACUGUGGCCUUUGGGAAGAGUCUGACGUUGCCUCGUCUCCCCCCCAGCUCGUUACACGAAGAAACCGGAGCGUCACACUCACAUUCCCUCUACGGUCACGGAGUGUGCAAGUGGCCGGGCUGUGAGAGCAUCUGUGAAGACUUCGGGCAGUUCUUGAAACACCUUAACAGCGAGCAUGCUCUAGAUGACCGGAGCACGGCACAGUGCCGCGUCCAGAUGCAGGUCGUACAGCAGCUAGAGAUCCAGCUUUCUAAAGAACGUGAGCGUCUUCAGGCAAUGAUGGCCCACUUGCACAUGCGGCCCUCUGAGCCCAAGCCAUCUCCCAAACCGUUGAACCUAGUCUCGAAUAUCACCAUGUCAAAGAACCUGCCGUCAGUAUCGCCGCCAAACCUGCCGCAGACACCCACUACCCCCACCGCUCCCAUCACGCCCCUGAGCCAGAUGCCCCAGGUGCCCUCUGUGCUCAGCCCCGCCAGCGUGCCCAGCAUGGGCGCCAUGCGCAGACGCCACUCCGACAAGUACUCUAUGCCCUUGUCGUCAGAGAUAGCCCCAAACUACGAGUUUUAUAAGAAUGCUGAUGUCAGACCACCGUUCACAUAUGCAACGCUCAUCAGACAGGCUAUCAUGGAUUCGAAAGACAUGCAGUUGACACUUAAUGAAAUCUACAGCUGGUUCACACGCACCUUCGCCUACUUCAGACGCAAUGCUGCCACUUGGAAGAAUGCAGUGCGCCACAACCUCAGCCUGCACAAGUGUUUUGUGCGGGUGGAAAAUGUGAAGGGGGCAGUGUGGACAGUGGAUGAAGUGGAGUACCAGAAACGCAGAUCUCAGAAAAUAACAGGGAGCCCGACGCUGAUGAAGAACCUGCCAUCCAGUCUGGGCUAUGGAACAGCUCUUAAUGCCAGCUUGCAGGCGGCGUUGGCAGAGACUGCUCUGCCGUUGCUGGGUGGCACGGGACUGAUGAACAGCAGUGCGUCGGGCCUGAUGGGGGCCAGUCCUCCAGGCCUGCUGAGUGGCAGCCCGCCCAGUCUGUUACAUGGCAGCAUCCACGACGACCUGAACGGCUCCCUCGACCACCUCGAUACCAACGGCCACAGCAGCCCUGGCUACUCCCCACAGACCCACAUGCCUCCAGUUCACGUCAAAGAAGAGCCACUAAACAUGGACGAUGAUGACUGUCCAAUGUCACUCGUGACGACAGCCAAUCACAGUCCGGAACUGGAGGAGGAACGAGAGCUCGAUGAGGGAAACCUAUCAGAGGACCUGGAGUGAUAGUUGUCCCCACCCCCAUUUGCUGGGACCCCGCCAUGACCAGCCUGCCCCUCUAACCACUCCACAACCACAGACAGGCAGCAAAGGAAACGAGGAAUAUUUAUUUAGAAUGCAGGAGACUGGCCCAAAGAAACUGAGCCCUUUGAGGACCACAUAAGAACAGGCAUGAGAUGUCUGGCUUUUAAAAUAAUAGCAAAAAUAAAGGACAAGGCUUCAUUCCAAUGGCUUGGCCACCUCACACCGUGAACACCGGACUCAUGGACGGAAACGAGAAACACUUGAGUCUUUUCUGUAGAAAGUCGAUGGCCACAUAUAC